AUGACUAUUGUUUUUGAGGAUCCAACCACCGGGAUAAUCGACAAGGAGAAGAAGGGAGACAGCAAGCAUUCCAUAGAUAGGGUCAUUCCUUGUUUCUUUUUUUCUUCUUUUUUUGUUUUCUUUCAUUUCUUGAUUUUGAUAGACUGUGGAGUGGGAAAGAGUUGUCUUACUGCUCAAUUUGUCCAAAAUGUGUGGAUUGAGAGCUAUGACCCGACGAUCGAAGAUUCAUAUCGCAAACAGAUCGAGGUAGACGGGCGACAAUGCAUUUUGGAAAUUCUGGACACUGCAGGAACAGAACAAUUCAGUAAGUCUCCCUGUAACGGUACGGCCUCGGUCUUGUCCACUAACACAGCCCUAGCUGCCAUGAGAGAACUUUACAUGAAACAGGGACAAGGGUUUCUCCUGGUAUUUUCCAUCACGAGCAUGUCCUCGUUGAACGAGCUGUCCGAACUACGCGAACAGAUCAUCCGCAUCAAAGAUGACGAGAAAGUCCCCAUCGUCAUCGUAGGUAAUAAAUCCGACCUGGAGGAGGACCGCGCGGUGCCCCGUGCUCGCGCCUUCGCGCUCUCCCAGAGCUGGGGCAAUGCCCCUUACUAUGAGACAUCGGCUCGCCGACGAGCCAACGUCAACGAGGUCUUCAUUGACCUCUGCCGACAGAUCAUCCGAAAGGACCUGCAAGGCAACUCCAAGGGUCGCGACGAACCGCCCAAGCGGGAAAAUUCGAAUCGACCCGAUCGCAAGCGAGAACGACGACAGAAGUCGAAGCGUAAAGGACCUUGUGUGAUUCUAUAA